AUGAACGUUAAUAAAGAGCACGGUAACUUGAAGGGCAAAAAGGCGGAACCUUUGGAGGCACCGGUCACUACUAUCAUUACUAACAGCAUAUUAGAUCCUCAUCUUUCUGUCCUAGAGCUUCUGGAAAGAGGAUUCCAAAAUGUUCAUGAGCAAGAUGACACUAUAAUGAGCACUACUCCAAGGGAUAUUGCAGUUGAAAUGGCUACCGUAAGGCUCAAUAGUGAAGCAAGUGGCGUAAGCACACCUUCUGUUGGGGAUAUUAUAUCACAAUCGUGGCAUACUAUUCAAAGGAGGGAUUUGGAAGAAUCCUUGCAUAACAAUUCAAAUAAGCUUGUAUUACAAUCUGCUACUGCUGGAAUAUUGUCCUCCAGUGACACAUCUGAAGAAGAAGAAGGGUACGAUAUUAAUGGUAAGAAGAAUUCACCACUACAUUUGCAGCCAAAGCGCUUAUGUGAACCUAUAAUACAAGACAUAUGCUCUUCGCAUAUGAAUGUAGUAAAGCGUUUACAGUCCAGUCCUGUAAAGGCUGACAGUGACAAGAUAUGUACUGUUUCAGAUCUCAACCGAAGAGUGCCAUCUAACAAUGCAAUGACGCCUGAUACUGAAGAGGAGGAAGAAGGGGAAGAUUAUAUGACUGCGUCUAAAAGUCUAACUUCUUCGUCCACUUCAUUUAUUAUGCCAAGACUCUCACUAACGAAAAAAGAGAGGCAGCAAUUGAAUGCAAACGAAUUCAGAAUUUUGAUAGUUGGCAGAUUGUCCUCUAAAUUAUUCAAGAUGAUUCCUCAUAAAUUUCAAAAUCUUUUUCAACUGCAAAAAUCGUAUGACAUCAAUGAGUAUCAGAAAUUCACGGCUAUAUUAGUGGUAAUUCAAGAAACAAGGGAGCUGAUAUCAUUGCUAAAUAGAAUAUCUAGGAGUGAGAAAGUCAAGAGACCAUUGAUUGCAAUAUGUGAGAAAGAUGCUUUUCUACAAUGUAAAAAUGUUCUGAAAUCAUAUCUUAGGAAUGAUCUUAUAACACUUUUAUAUCAACCAUUUGUUAUUUCAAAUACUGAAGAAUUGGAUAGAAUGCUUGUUUUUCUUAAAGAAACAUCAAUUAAAUUUUAUGAGCAAGCUUAUAACCCAAAAAUACAGAUCAAAGAGAAAGUACCAAAUGACGGCAAUAGAAAUGCACCUACUUCAUCUGAUUUGACAUUGUCCAAAGAUCGGGUGAAGAAUGACAAGCAUCGCCAUACUAAGGGAGAUGGUAGUGGUGGAUCCAAAAAAGGAAACGAACAUGAUAGAAAGCCAAAAGAGAAUGAAGAAUAUAAUAAAUGGAUUAUUUGGGGAAUUUCUUUAUCGAUUGGCGUCGGAAUUGGUUAUUGUAUAUCGUAUUUUGGGUCAUCACCAUGGUCAUCACUUGUACAGUAUUUCAAUCCCGAAUCAGAUUCAAUCUCUGCAACAGUGCCAGUGCCGUUGUCAAAUGAAAGUUUUGUUUUACUGCAUGAUUCAGAUAAUGAUUCAGAAACAAAGAAGUAUUUCUUCAAAUCAAUAAAUUUUUUGAAGUAUUCUAUUAAUAAAGUUAAAGUCAUAAUUAAAGACACAAUUCGUAAACCGUUAAAUGCAUUUAGCUACUUGAAUGGACUGAAUACUGAUGAUGCCAGUAGCCUUCUAGCUCUAGGGUAUAUUUUAAUUUAA